AUGGCGAACCUUAUUGCAACCGAGGAGCACUACCUGUCUCCCCUGCUCCCGGAGCAGAAGGGUAGAUAUAACCGUCCCAGCGUCAAGGACUUCGGGACCGCAGUCAUCGAUAAACUUGGCGAUCUAGGUCCGGCGAGGCUGGAGGCAAUGGCAAACGACUCUGUGGGGAUGACAGUCCUCUCCCAUCUACCGGCUACACCAGAUGCUCCCACUUGCAAAGCCGUCAACGAUGAUCUGUACUCCAAGAUCAAGCAACACCCAGAUCACUACGCCGCAUUUGCUCUCUUGCCACUUGAGGAUCCUGCCGCCGCAGCUGUCGAGCUCAAGCGCUGCGUAAAGGAGCUAGACUUCGUCGGCGCACUCACCGGGAACCAUCUAGACGACGGGAGCUUCUUCGACACGCCCCGCUUCUACCCCCUCUGGGAAGCUGCGCAAGAGCUUGAUGUCCCGAUCUACAUCCACCCAACCUUCGCCGCGGAGGACGAGAUGAAGGUCAACUUUGAGGGGCCCUACGACAUUGAGAUUGCCAAGGCGCUGAGCGCAUGGGGCUGGGGCUGGCACUCCCGGACGAGUCUGCACUUCCUCCGCCUCUUCGCCGCAGGCACCUUUGACAGGUUCCCGAAGUUGAAGAUCAUCCUGGGGCAUAUGGGCGAGAUGCUGCCCUUCAUGAUGGAUCGGAUCGUCAGGUCUUCGGGACGGUGGCCGCCUUCUGAGAACCGGAAGAGGGGGCUGAGGGAUGUGUGGGAUGGCAAUGUAUGGGUUACCACGAGCGGAAUGUUUUCUCUGGCGCCGAUGGCAUGCUUGAUUCAGGAGACGAAGAUGGACCGGAUCAUUUUCAGUGUUGAUUACCCGUUCUCUACGAACGGGAUGGGGCGGGAGUUUAUGGAGAAGUUGAAGAAGAGUGGGUUGGUGGAUGACGAGCAGUGGGAAGGGAUUGCGUGGAAGAACGUGAGAGAUCUGUUGAGAUUGAAGUUUGAACCUGGAAAAUGA